AUGAAUAAAAUUGUUUUACCUGUAGCAACGUCAGGCAUUGCUGCAGCAAACAUUGUAACUGGUCGAACGGCUCAUUCCCGGUUUAAAAUACCUCUAGAUCAUACUGUUUCAAAGCAAAGCGGCCUCGCAGCCCUUUUGAAAGAAACUUCCUUGAUCAUCUGGGACGAGUCUUCAAUGGCUCGGAAGGAAAACAUAGAAUCGCUUGACUUACUUUUGCGAGACUUAUGUGACCCCAAUGUCUCAUUUGGAGGUAAAGUUGUAGUCUUUGGUGGUGAUUUCCGUCAAGUUUUGCCAGUUGUACCACAAAAAACUCAAAAUGAAGUUGUUGAAGCUAGCCUUGUGUCAUCUACCCUAUGGCCCACAUUGACCCAUUUCAGCCUAACUGAAAAUAUGCGUGCGCGAGAAGACCAGCCAUUUUCUGAAUUCUUACUUGACCUUGGGAAUGGCUCGCUCCAAACAGCUGAAAUUGCAUCUGUUCAAGUACCGCCGGAAAUUGUGAUGCCAUUUGAUACAAAUUCCAAUGGUGUGGAUGAGCUUGUAAGAAGCGUUUUCCCAGAGAUAAGUGUAGGUCCAUUUUCUGACGACUUCUUCACAGAUCGGGCAAUUUUAACUCCUAUGAAGGAAGAUGUUGAUGGACUAAACAACGAUCUCAUAACCAAGUUCCCUGGAGAUCCAGUGGUCUACAAGAGUUUUGAUAUGCUUAUUGAUGAUGCUUGCAACAUGUGUCCAACAGAAUUCCUAAACACCCUCUGCCCAGGUGGUAUGAGCCCGCAUGAAUUAGUUUUGAAAGAAAACAGCCCAGUCAUUCUGCUGCGAAACCUUGCUCCAGCUGCUGGCCUGUGUAAUGGUACACGACUGUACACUCCUCUUUUUACUCAUGUUCUUGAAGCAUUUACUUUAUGCUACACUUAUUAUGCUACACGAGAUUUUCCAGAUUCCCCUGUGAUUCCUACUGCAUUGCUAUUCCACUUACUUCUUGGUAGCAAAGUAAAAAAACAAGACCUCAGCAUGAAACCUGAGAAAACUUACCUCGAUAAGUUAACUCCCACAACCAAAGCAUACAAGGUAAAAGUGAAGCUUAAAGAAAAAUCACGUACAUUGGUUUCCCCUCAAAAAAAGACUCGCUACCAACAACUCCUGUUUGAGGAUGAAAAGGUAAUUGCCUUAGUAUAUACUGCAUUUUGCUACAUUUAG